CCAUUCUUCGUUAUAACAUAACCUGAAAAAUCUAGCUGAAUCAAGUUGAUAUUUUUCGAGUUUGUGUUGCGGAGUUGUAGGAGUAAAGUUGUUUUCGGUUAUAAGUGUAACUCAAAAUUCAAGAUCGUCUAUCUGUGUAAAAUACAGCGACAGAAACGUCGGUUUAGUUAGUGAUUGCGCUAUUAACUCCAUGAGUGAUUCUAUUUAAGCGCGUUUUAUAACCAUACCUGAAAAUUCAACCUCAAAGGAAUGGCGUACGUUCGAAAACUUUCAAUGAACGCUGUUCUGAAAGAUGCCAGAAUAUUUGACGAUGAGGCAUGGGAAGCUGAUGGUAUUACGCCACGAAAAAAAACAAACACCAAAAACGAACAGUGUGAUCCCGCCUCUAACUCAACUCCAAUCACUGCAAACCAUAAGACCCAAGUAAAAUGCGAACCUGAAGAUGUGGAUGAUAUCUUCGAAGAGAAGCCACAUUUGAUGUGCAAUGUUAAAAGUGAAAAGAGAGAUGAAAGUUUGGAAGAAGGUGAACUGGAGGACACCAUCUGUGAAACUGAUCAAAUGGACCAUGAAUUGUUGAAGCGACAAAGACUAAAGAGCGAAACCUCACCAGUGCCAGUAAAACUUGAGUCCGAUGCUGCGGUUGAUCGCAUGUUUGAUGACUCGCCCUAUAAUAAUAAACUGUUCGAGAGCUGGAAAAUCAAAGAGCGAACUCCGGUCAAGAAUGAAAAUGACGAGUCUGGUUCCAAGCGUUCAUUCAAAAGUGCUAAACGAACGAUGUUUACUAGGAAAUCGCCCUAUAAGAAGAUGGAAUCUGAUACGUCGGAAAAACGGAUUUCGGUUAAAACUCGCCUGGGACCCAUUGUUGAUGCUGAUGAAAUGGAAACCAAACGUACGAAAAAAGGCAACACGAAACCUCGUAAGGAUAUGGAAUCCGAUCCAGAAGUAUUGGCAAGAAGGGAGAAACAGAUCCAGUAUGGAAAAAACACCAUCGGCUAUGAGAAUUAUCUUCAAAUGGUGCCCAGAAAUCAACGAAAAGUGGAUGAUCCCAAAACUCCUCCUAAAUAUGAAAAGUAUUCACGACGAGGUUGGGAGGGACUGAUCAAGCAAUGGAGAAUCAAACUUCACAAGUUCGACCCCAAGGAUGAAACGCCGUAAUUGUUUUUUUUUACUGUUUUGCAAGUUGAUUAUUGAAAUUUUAUAUCAUUUUUUCUCCCAUGGCUGCCAAUUAGUAAGGUUACUAUCUUUACUAGAGUACUGUAUGAAUGAGGUUUUUGGAUGCAGGGAUUAUUUGAUUGGGAUUUUACUUUCUUUGAUUACUCGUUACAGUAUAAGUGUUUUAGAAUGUUUAUUUUUGAAAACAUAUAAAUAUUAGGCAAUAACAUAAUUUCUCACUUAACCUAGUAUUGAAUUGCUUAAAGCUGAACCUUUUACAUGUUUUCUCUUGUGUAGUGCAAAUGAAUUAUUUGAUUUAAUGUACGACUGUCUAUCGCUAACUAUUAUUAAUUAUUUAUCAAUC